CAGGGAGAUCGUGACACAGCCUUCCUUUCCAUAUUGUGGGAGGAACCUUUUCCCCCAAACAAAGGCCCCGCCCAUAGGGGGUGGGAUCCAAAAUGGGCUAAAAAGCUGCGGGAAUGAGAGCUGAGUUAGUUUGGGGAAGAGACGUGUGGGUACAGGGUACAGGGGCUCUGCAGGCUAAUGAGGAGACUCUGCCCAAGGACAGAAGAGACACAGAAGCCCCAGAAGCUGACAAUUCUCUGAUUCUUUGGAUAAAGACAAGAGGCCAUUAGACCGUGCAACUUCUCCAACACCAGGAAAUCCACACAUUGGAGCGAAAAAUCUGUAUCCGACUGAGAAAAAGCUUUAGUGCAAUGAGCAUUCCCAACUCCCAGAUGGAACUUCCCUCAGUGGCACAACAUGAAUGCCCAGAAUAUGGGAAAAGAUUCUCAGAAAAAAACAAACUUACUAUUCAUUUCAGAGUUCACACCGGGGAGAAACCAUUCAUGUGCACGGAAUGUGGGAAAAGUUUCACGCAAAAACAAUUCCUUACACAACACCAAUUAAUUCACACAGGGGAGAAACCAUUCAUGUGCACGGAAUGUGGGAAAAGUUUCAGGCAAAAGCAAUUCCUUACAGAACACCAAUUAAUUCACACAGGGGAGAAACCAUUCAUGUGCAUGGAAUGUGGGAAACGUUUCAGGCAAAAGCAUCAGCUUACAGCACACCUAUUAAUUCAUACAGGGGAGAAACCCUAUGCAUGUACAGAAUGUGAUAAACAUUUCAAUAAAAGGAGUAGCCUUCUCAGCCACCAAAGGAUUCAUACAGAGGUAAAACCAUUUGUGUGCAUGGAAUGUGGGAAAAGCUUCUCCGACAAGACCUACUUUCAGAGGCACCAGAGAAUUCAAAUGGGGGAGAAACCAUUUUCUUGCACAGAAUGUGGGAAACGUUUCACCACAAAGACCAAGCUUAGCAGCCAUUACACGGUUCACACAGGGGAGAAACCCUUUGCUUGCGCAGAUUGUGGGAAAAGUUUUGUUUCAAAGGGAAACCUUACUGUACACCAGAGAACUCAUGUGUGAGAGUAACUUUUAUGUGUAGGGAAUUCGGGAAACCUUAUACUGCAAACUCCAACCAGCAACACCAUCAUCCCCACAGGGGAGAAACCAUUCACUUGCACAGAAUGGGGUUUCCCCAAUAGAAGGUUUCAUCUCCUCCCCCAGAACAUUCAUACAGGGGAAGAGAUACAGUCACUGAUUUCUCCUCCAUAUUCUCCCAUUCCAACAUUGCCUAUUGGCCAUUGGAGCUGCCAAUCAUAUCUGUAGGUACCAACCCACACACUAUGGGGUUAUUUGUAUGUAAAAUAUAUUCCUCAAUAAAUGUAAUGCAAUAUUUCAGUU